AUGAUAAGUUAUCACCUUCCAUUAGGGGAAUCCAAUCUUGUAGAAAUUGAUCAUAUUUGGGACAAAAGCUUUUACAAAAAUGCCGAUGCUUUGAUGGCUAACGGCAUAUUGGAUUUUGCCGUUUAUGUCGCUUUUUUUUUUUUUUUUUUUUUACUGCGAAAUGCCAAACAAUGCAGUACAAUAAAGAACACUACUACUCCGUAUAAGACAAAUACAAGUAUAGGGAAACGGACAUCAGAGAGUUCAUGA